AUGGAGUUUCCCAGAGAAGGACUGUCAAGCACUAGGCCACCUGCCCUCAUUGGCACGAAUUUUUCCUACUGGAAAGCCAGAAUGCAGAUAUACAUCUUGGCACAAGGAGAAGGUGUCUGGAAUGCUAUAGAAAACGAAUGGAAAACUCCAGUUGAUGAUAAAGGAAAUAGAAAACCUAAAAUUGACUGGAGUAAAGAAGAAAAAACAGAAUAUAACUUCAACUCGAAGGCAAUGAAUGCAAUCUAUGGAGCUGUGAGCGAAGAUACCUUCAAACUGAUUGCCACCACUUGCAUAGCCAAAACUGCGUGGAGUAUAUUAUGUGAUCAUCAUGAAGGGAACACGUCUGUAAGACAAUCCAAAUUACAGAUGAUAGAGACAGAGUUUGAAAACUUGAAAAUGGAAGAAGAAGAAAAUAUCACACAAUUUAGUGCCAGCGUUUUAAGCAUCUCUGGAGAUGCGUUUAACCUGGGCGAACCUAUUCCUGAACCUAGGCUCGUCAAAAAGGUCUUACGUUCCCUACCUGAGAGAUUUAUGAUAGAGGUUACAGCCAUUCAAGAAAACAAAGAUCUAAACACCUACAAACUCAGGAAAAAUAAUGACAAAGGAAUUGCGUUCCAAUCAAAGCAGAAAGAAAGUCCAGAAAUUGAUACUGAAACCAUGGAACAAUCAAUUGCUCUCCUAACAAAGAAUUUCAACAGGGUUCUUAAAAAAUUCAACAAAUUUAGAAACAAAAGUGCUUCAAUCAAUCAAGGGGACUUCCCAACUGGACAAAAUCAAUCUAUUUCAAAAAGAAGAGACAGUUCAAAUAUAGAAGGAAUACAGUGCUAUGAGUGCAAAGGGUUUGGACACAUCCAGUCAGAAUGUGCUACAUACCUUAAAAGAAAGAACAAGACAUACAUGACAACAUUAAGUGAUGACUCAGACAGUGAAGAAGAUACCAACACCAAUUUCGUAGCAUUCACCGCAAAUCAUGAAAAUAACAACGGAGAAGAUAUACAAGAAUUACUAGAGGCAUAUACUCAACUACAUGCCAAAUGGGAACAAAUCAACGAAGUAAAUCUAGAACUCAUGGAAGAAAAUCAGUUUCUAAAAGAUGAAAAAGAUAGAGGAGAAAAACGGUUCAAAGAAACUCAAAAUGAAUUAUUAGACUCCGAAAACAGAGAGGCAAAACUGCUACAAGAAAUUAAGGCUCUAACUGAAAGGCCUAGGACUCCAAUCUCAGUCUCUAGUGAAAACAAGCAAACUGAAAAUUCUGAGGUGUUACAACUCACUUCCAACAUCGAAGAAGAAUUAGAUGCUACUAUUGUCGCAGACUCGGGCACAUCAAGGCAUAUUGUUUUAAAAGACAGUAUGAUCUCCAAUACAGACAUAACAACAGGAGAUGGACUGGACAGGCACGAAAUCAGAAUAAGAAAAUCUGGGUAA